AUGCCCGCUAAAUGCUCAAGAGGGAUGCUGGCAAGAACUGAAAACCUAGAACCCGAGAAAGAAGGAAAAGUGAAAACCGGGAAGGUAGGGAAGUACGUGCCUCGAGGUUGCGGGCGGGCGACGGCCCGCAUGGCCACCUUCUCGGGGAUCGACGGCUUGCGCCCACCCGCCCCCAACGGCCAGGACGCGCACUCUAGCGAGAAGCGAUGGGUGGGGAAAGAGACGCACGACGAGGAGUGCGGCCUAUGCGGCUCCCUGAAGAUCAUACUCGGGUCGUCGUCGCAGGCGCGCCGCGCGAUCCUGUCAGACAUGGGAUACGAGUUCACCGUCAUGAGCGCUGACAUCGACGAGAGGGCCGUCAGGAGGGAGAAGCCGGAGGAGCUGGUCAAGGCCUUGGCCGAAGCCAAGGCCGACGCCAUUCAACUGAACCUUUGUGAUCGAGACAGCAGAGAUCUGCCUACCCUUCUGAUCACUUCUGACCAGGUUAAGGUGAGCAAAGGGGUGAUACGGGAGAGGCCGAGGAGCACGGAGGAAGCCAGGGAAUUCAUCAAGGGGUACUCGGGUGAUGUAGCGUUUGCAGUGAACUAUGUUCUCGUGACCAACCUGAGCACCGGGGAUACGAAAGGGGGGUGGGAUAUACCUGAGAUAUAUUUUCACCACAUACCAGACGAGUUCAUCGACAAAGUCGUAAAGGAAGGAGGCAUGACUUGCGUGGCCGGAGGCCUUAGGCUGAUACAUCCAUCAGCUUUGCCGUUCAUCAAGGAACUGGUCGGUACAAUGGAUAGCGUUCGAGGACUUCCAAGGAACCUCACUGAAAAGCUCAUUCGAGAAUCGCUGCAAGAAACCGCUGAAAUAACAAUAGAACAACCCAAUGUAUUCAAGUAA